AUGUCUACCAGCAACCUCAACCCCUCCGUCGCCCACCACGGUCUCCCUCACGUUGGCCCGUCAGCUUUCCCGACUGCCAACACUUUCACCGGCGAGUUUCUAGGGCUUCCCAUCCCCGACGACGAUCAGCUUUGGGGCCUUAGCCCAGUAUCUCCCACCAUGGGUACCGGAUGGGAUGCUAAAAUGGAGGCCGCAGCCUUUGCCAGCUCGGUUUUGGAACGAGACCUGAAGAACGCCCAGGUCCGAAACGGCCAGCCUACACCUCCACCUUACGAUGAUCAACACGCGCGCGAUUCUUCCAGUUUGGAUAUCGAAAGUGCCAGUCGCCGACGUCGAGCCCGCGAUUGCAAUACGGCAAUGGAUAGUCUGAGCCCAGAGCUGGAAGACAACCCAUACCAGGAGCGCGCGAAGAGGGCGAAAUUCCUCGAGCGCAACCGUUUGGCGGCAAGCAAGUUCAAAGAACAGUCUGAGAAGAAAGACGGCCUAGUGGCGGAAAUUGCCCGGCUACGCUCCGACCUCCUCCAUCUGAAGAACGAAGUCCUAAAACAUGCCCAGUGCGGCGAUGAACCCAUCAAGCUGCACCUCGCGCAAAUGGUCAAGAAAAUUACCGACACCGACAGCCGUCUUUCAGUGCCCCCGGAGCCCAUGGCUGAGAUUGUUGAGAAUAUCCCCACUUCCUCGUCCGACGGCCCUCCUACCCCGACUGCGACGCUUCCAACUGCGACUCCUGCUUCUAUUGCGGUCCAGACUGCUUCGGCAUUGUCCUUUGGUUUUGAUGACCCGAUGCAAUUAGAGCCCGUUGCAGCUUCAGUCGCUCCGGUUUACCCUGCAGAUGCCUUGGAGCAGCAAUUGCGUCGGGACUCAGAGGUGACUCUGAUGUCGGAAUCGUCGUACGCCUUUUCGACAGAUGAUACAUUCGAGGACCUUAUCAACGUACCUUGA